AUGGAGCUUUUAGACAAAGCCAAAAACUACGUUGCUGAGAAAAUCGGUGAAAUGCCGAAACCAACGGCGAGUAUAACCGACGUUGAUUUCAAGCGCGUGACCCGCGAGAGUGUGGAGUAUUUGGCUAAGGUCAAUGUUUCAAACCCUUAUUCAACUUCAAUUCCAAUCUGUGAGAUCAACUACUCCUUCAAAAGUGCUGCAAGGGAGAUAGCAUCAGGGAUAAUACCAGAUCCAGGAUCAUUGAAAGCAAGCGACACAACACUGCUUGAAGUGUUAGUGAAAGUGCCUCAUAAUAUAUUGAUUAGUUUGGCUAAGGAUAUUGGUGCUGAUUGGGAUAUUGAUUAUCAAUUGGAUAUUGGUUUGAUUAUUGAUCUUCCUGUUAUUGGCAAUUUCACCAUUCCCCUUUGUCAAAAGGGUGAGAUCAAGCUUCCAUCACUUUCCGACAUGUUUGUGUAG